GAUAUUUAAAAGUAACCGUAAACCGUGUGGCGGAUCGUGUCGUGUGCCGGGGAAAGGACUGCUCGGAACGUGCGUGCGCGUAAAUAAAUAAAUAAAUCGGUCGAAGCAUCACAGAGAACGUCGUCCUUCGCACGGAUUGUGAUGUUUGCGAGAUUCGUCCGAGUCAGGGGGUCGAGCAAGGUAACCAGCUGAGUCCUCAACUUGCAACCACAGAAACGAAUUUGCGAGGUUCGGUGAAUCCGGAUUUAGGCGCAUGCCGACCUCUCUCCUCCUUUUUUUCUCUCUUUUUAUGAGUGAUCGUGCGAAGUCGUAAACACCGGCGGAUCUCCGUUCAACGGCCAGCGGGACGCGUCCGAGAUCAGGAUGUGCGAUUUGAUAGACCUGAACAGUCCGGACGUGAGGGGUGCGCUGGAGCCGGCGAAGCUUGCGUCGCCGCUGAUCCCGCCGCCGGAGGAUGUCGAGUGCGACGACGGAACGGGCACGGAGUCGGCGACGGGGAAGCGCGAGGGCGACGGUAAUAACAAUCCGUUCGACCGAGCGCUGCACGAGACCGUCGAGUACGUCAGCAAGAAGAACGAUCCCUUCGAGGUGAUGCUGCAGCGAGCCCUGAGGUCCAAAGAAUGGAAAAGCUCGCAGUCCGUGGACUUUACGGACGACUUUACACCGAGGCGUAAGAAGAGGUACUUGAAAACGAUGAACAAGACGUUGGGUGUGCUCGACGAGUCGUUGCUCGAAAGCAGGUUCGGCUUGUUCGGCGUAGACAAGAGGGAAGCGAAGAUCAGGACGGGGAGUGUCGAUAACGAUGCGAGAAACACUUACGUCCGCGAUGGCAAAGCGGCAGACGAUGCGUCUGUCAUCGAACAAGAGCAUAAGGUAGAGCAUAAGGUUGAUGGCCCGGACUCGCUCGAGUUGUCCAUCUUAAGUCAAUCUGCGAUGAAUGACACGCUGUUCCUGAGCUGUGCUAACCCCGAGGAGAAUGGCAGGGUGUCACCUUCCUUGGAGAAGGAUACUUGGUUCGGAGGAUUUGCCUUUCCUUCAAACGCCAAACAUCUUAAGGCGCCAAAUGUUCAGCGUUCGUUGUCGCAGGGAGCUGGAAAGUCACCGAAAGGAUUGCUGGGUCUGAAUAGGAGAUCGCAAUCCAUGACGGAUGGCCGUAGGAGAGCCUCGCAGAGCACCAACAGCACCGUGUCGUCUGUCCUGGACAGGGCCUUCUUGGAAAGUAAACUGAGCGAACGGUCUGUAUUCUCCAAUUCAUCGAACGCCUCGUCUAUAACGAAAUUGACUUCUGCUUCGCUGUCGUCGUCGGUACUGUCGAACGAUGUUAUGAACCACGCUUUCCUGGAUGACGGUUCGUUGAAAAGCAGUCAGGAGAAGAUGAAUGCCAGCGAAAGUUUUGUGGAUAUAAAGCCGAGGCAGUACGACUUAUCGGAUUUGGCGGAAAGACUUAACAAAUUGAGAUAUACUAUGAACGAUACGACCAAUACUUCGAGUGUAACGAAGAAUGACUCCAAUUCCACGAAAGAGGAAAAUAAUAAACGGACCCCGAAUAAUAAAUUGAUAGAUGUCGAUGUAUUCGUGCCAGAACAAAAUAAGGAAUUUAAUAAAAGCUCAUCUUCCACUUGUUCUUCGGACUCUGUAUUUGCUAAUACAAGUAAAGUCGAUCGGUCAAUCCUGAAUGAGGCUAAGAUGCUUGCAAGGACUUUUGAGGAAUUAGCAUUAAAAACAGAUUCUGGAUCUGGUACGGAUGAUGAUUUAAUUUCGAAUAAUACUCUAUGGAUGUCAGCAUUAUUACCGGCAUUUGAUGAUGAACCUGUAGUAGAUGAUUUAAUUGAUUUACCUGUCUCGCCAGAAGGAUACUCGAGAGACAUUAAAAACAAUGAUAAGAGGCAAUCUUCUACAAGUAGUGAUAGCGCGGAAGAAAAUUUAUUGAAAAAACUGGAAUUUACCGGUGUUUCUGUUGUAAAACAAGAUGUAUCUUCGUUAUUGUCAGAUCUCAGAAAAUUAAUUAAUGCAGAAAGUAAUACAGAAGCUAAGAAAUUACUUGAUAAUCUGGAAAACAUUUUGGAUGUAAAUUAUAAAAAUAAUACAGAGUUAUUAGUAACUUGUUUAAAUAUAUCAAAUAAGUCACAGAGUUCUCAGAAAAUGCCCUUAGAUAGCAUCGAAAGAUCCGAUAAAUCAAGUACAGAUAAAAGCGAGGAAGGAAGCGAUAAGGUAUCAUCUUUAGAAAAGCUCUGUAAUAAAGAAAAGUCGCCAGACAUAAACUGUACACCGGAAAAUACAUCGCAAGACAUUGUCAGUAGUUCUCAGAAAUCAUCGGUUACAUCUUCAUCCUGCAAAGAUAGUAACGAAGAUCGUAGUGCAAAUUCAUCUGACUUGACGGAACACAGCAAGCUUGAUAAAGAGAAAGAUGAUCAGGUAGAUAAAAAGAUAGCGGUAGAAUUGCUAAUAAAUCUCCAGAAAUUAUUGAGCGGUCAAACUGAGGAUGAUGCAACGAUACAGUUACUUAAAACUAUAGGAAAAGUGUUGAAUACCGCAUUAAAUAAUAACAUUGGAAAUGAAAUGCAAGCCAAUUGCACUAGAAAACAAAAUGUUCAACAGACUACACCUGUAAGAGCGUCACAAUCUGGUCGUAAUGCGUAUUCGUCCGCACUAUCGACAAGAGUGGCACAAAGACGAAGCUUGGAGCCAAAAUCUAAAACAGUUAGAAGAAUAAGCGAUGUUAAAAAUAAGCUGAAGAAAAGAUCGGACGUAGUCAGUAAAAGAGGUCCUAUGAAAGCAGUGCAUCCUGUAGAUAACAUGCAAAAUAAAAGAGCAUCAGUCGCGAGACAAAGGACAUCUUUUCAAAUCACUACUCCACCAAACUCCGACAAAACUACUCCACUGGGUAAUAAAAUAAUCAGCAGCACCCCUAAUUCGGAUAAUAAUUGCGUGCCUAAGAAAUCUGCAAAAUCCAAACCGAUAGCCUCGUCAACGCCGGACGGCCAAAAAACCAAGAACGCACCGUUGACGUCUGUUAAUAAAAAACGUAACCUUUCCUGUGAUAUUUCGCCGGUGACUACGUAUGUAAACAUGAGCGGCAGCGAUGAACAGAAGGGCAGUCCUAAAAGAACGUCUAAGCUGCCGACCCCGAAGAAAUGUACAACACCCACGCGUGAGCGAACGGACGCAUACGGCAUUCCAAGGUUCCUGACGCCGCCGAGGAAUCAUUCGUCGCUCAAUACGAAUAAUCCGCAGUCUCCGCAGCGCUUGAACAGGAGCUUAAUCAAUUUCCACCGAUACUCACCUGUGAGCGAGAAACAGAAUGCCGGAAAGAUACGGCAGAGUCCGCUGAAGGAAUCUAACAGAGUCAGUGCGAAAGUCAAGCCGCUUAACUUGAUUUCGAAAAUUAAGCGACACAGUACCGGUGAUUUUGCCGAGAAGGAGAACAAUUACGCGUGAGAACGAAGCGAAAGAAGAAGGAGAUCGAAACCACGAUCGCGCUGUUGUGAUACCGAUCGUGUACCGGAGAUUGCCUCUUAUAGAAAUUGUCGUAAGAAAGAGAUGCGGUUUUUUUAAUUUACUUUUGUGAUAUACUUGUACGUUUUAUAAUAAAAUAUGCAGCGAGAAAGUGUGCGAUUCGACCGUUCGCCAAUCCUGAAGCAGUCUCAUUAAAGCGUUAUGCGCAAACGUGUGUAUCCUUGAUGAAUUUAUUUACGCAACUUGACAAAAACGACUCAAAUUAAAUUUAAAAUAAUGCGAUAAUGAGAUCCCAGGUUUGUGAAAGAGUUAAUGAGAGAUUCAGAGAAAGACGAAUUAUAUGUGAACGCUCAGGAUAAUCCCGAUAAUUUUGAAAAAUUUUA